AGGCGUGACUUGUUCUCACACCUACAGUACACAUUUAAUCAGUGAAAUGUCCAAAUACGCACUAAAACAAAUUCACCGAGUGAGAUUUUGUUCCUGUGUGUUCCGGGAUCGGCCAUAACUCCCUCCGAGUCACCUAAAAGAUAUUCUCCCCCAUUUACGACAGUGGAAUUCCCAGUUGGCCUUUUUGAUACCGUUGUAACAUUUGUCCAAGGAGAACGUAUACGUGGAUGAAGAGGCCACCUUUUCUUUAAAAUCAACCGUAACAAUACCAUUUAACGGUGGGAGUUUAACACUGCUGUUCAUUUGUUGAGUCUACCACUUCGAUUAUUGGUGUAACACAGCGAGAUGGAUUUGCAGGGUGGUCUGGCGUAUGUCGGGGUUGUUGUCAUGUCGGCAGUGGCGAUUUUCCUCAUCUCGAUGUUUGGAAUGAAGGAGAAGUCGUACGAGGAGGCCAUCGCCGAGCAGAGGAAGCUGCCGGAUGAUUUACUUCUAGGAAAAAAGGAAAAGGGCAAAGAGAAAAAGCAUAAAAAUAAAGCUGGUAAAAAGGUAAAGGAGAAGAAGGAGGAGAGAGAGGAGAAGGAGGAUAAAGAAGAAAAACCGGAGCACGUGCAAUUCGAGGAGACUCCCCAGAUUUUACCCCCCGAUCUACCAGUGCAGGAGGCAUGCAAGGGCAAUAAGAAGAAAAAUAAACCUGAAAAGGUGAAACCAAUUCUUGUAAACAAGGAUGAGUCGCCAUUUAUCGUGGCAGACGCAAUAGCUUCGUCAAAUACAUUGCCUGAGGUCAAUCAUUUCGAUAUUAUUCACCCUAAGGACGACCUUGAACUGAUACGCAGUCACAGUAAGGAAAAUUUGACUCAAUUAACCCAAUCAGAGUCAGUAGUGAACAAAUCCCCGAAGGAGACCCCGACAAAGUCGAAAAAGGCCCCAAAACUCCUCCAGAAAAAGGAAUCCACAGAAGCUGAAUCAGCACCCCCUCAAGCAACUUUGACAAACCGCCCUCCCACACAGACCCCCGCCCCCACCCAGCCGGCCGCGUCUCUCCCGGCCCCCACCCCAGCGCCUCUGAAAGAGUCCUCGAAGAAGAACAAGAAGAAGAACGACAUUCUGGCUCAGAUCGGAGGUGAAAAGGACGGGAUAAACGUAUCCCUGCUGAUGCCCCUCGUCCAAAAAGCCGAGCUGAGUCGUUCGGAGAUUCAAAUACUCAUCGAUCAACUAUUGAAUAAGCAGCUGGACAACCCCCUGGAGCACUCUGAGUGGACCGAGGGUCGCACAGACCCAGUGAUAAAACUGAAGAAGCAAUUAGCUGAGAAGGACAAGGCCCUUACUGAGGAGCACGAGGCCAGUGUCACAUUUCAGAAUAAAUUGAAGGAACUCCGUGCUGAAUUGAACUCUGAACGCUCACGACUCACUCAGAAUGUCAAGCAAUUGGAGGAGGCAUUGAACAACAAGAUGACUGAGGCUCAAACCCUGCACACUCGUAUGCAACACAUCCUGGAGAGUCAUGCUGCUGAGAAGCAGGGCUUCUCACGUCAGAUCGAGCAGCUCCAGGCCAAGGUCAACGAGGAUGGAGCGAUAAUUCACAAGAUGCAGGCCGACCAGGGACAGACCCAGGGACAUUUGCAGAAGGAGUUGAAUGCUCAACGUCAACAGCUCGAGGCCCAGUUUGUCCAGAUGAGAGAGAACGAGAAGGCCCUGCAGGCACAGCUGGCCCAGAAGCACGUCGAGUGUCAGGAAUUGCAGAAUGUCAACAUGAAUAUGACGCAGGAGCUUCAGGCCACGUGUGAAUCGAGCACUGCUGAGAUUGAGAUGCUUCGUCAACAAUUGGCUAUAAUGCAGGAGCAGUUUAUGCAUGCUGAGGGACAGCUCCAACAUUAUAAGGAAACUGGAGAUCGACUGCAGGACAUGGCCAGACAACUCGAGGAGUCACACCGAGCCCAGGCGGAUUUGGAUUUGCGACUUAAGAAUGCACAUCGCCAUGAACAGGAUCUACAGAAGCAGAUUCACUCGCUUCAGGGGGAGAUGAAGAUGGUGAAGGCUGAGGCGAAUGAGGCCUCUGCACUCAAUGGCGAACUCAAUAAGGUCCAGGGGGAAUUGAUGAAACUGAAGAGCGAUUUGUCACAUUCUCAGAGUGAGGCCAAGUCUGAGGCAGCUGAAAUCACGAGCCUGAGGAGUCUUCUCACUGGCAAGGAGGAGGAGGUGAAACUGGCGCAGGGAGAGUUGAAGAAAUUGGAGGGAAUUGUUGGUGAUUUGAAGGAUGAACUGACGAGAGUCAAGUCAGACUACCAGAAGAUGCAGGAGGAGCAGAAUAAGGACAAGAACGAGGUGAAUAAUCUUCAGGAGAAAUUGGCUCAGGCUCAACAAGAAGUCUCCAAGGCCUCUGCCUAUAUUAAAGUAGCGAAUGAAGCAACAAGUGAACUCAAGGUUGUCAGGGCAGAGCUGGAGACGGUGCAGAGUGGAGUUAAAAAAAGUGUCGAUUUGAAAUUGCAGUUUACCAAGUUGCAGGAGGAGAAUAAUAAACUUGUUCAGCGGAUUGGGGAGACGCAGAGGGAGGUGAAGCAGUUGAGGGAGGAGAAUGAAGAAUUGGCGGAGCAAAUCGCCUCCUUUAGUGAACUCCCUGCGGCUGAGGGCCGGGAGAAUGGAGUCGAGGAGAAGAGGGAGAGGGUCAACAAUUUGGAGAGUGAAGUGCUCAAGCAGAAAGACUCGCAGAUUGACGAGUUGAGGGCGCAGUUGAGUAGCAAGGAGGUGGAGUUCGAGAGACUGAGGGAGGUUGUUGAGGGACUUAAGAGCGAUAUCAAUAGUCAGAGUGGCUUGAGGAAGAAGUUGGAGGAGGAUUUGGAGGCUCAAAGGUCAAAGAACAACGAAUUGAGAACUAAAAACUGGAAAGUGAUGGAAGCACUUUCCGCCGCGGAGAUGCGUUCUAAAAAUCCUGGAAAAUGUGUCGAUGAUGGUUUGGAGAAAAUCAAGGCUGCAGAACAGGAAUCCACGAAAUCCCUCCUCCAGAGAAUAUUCCCAGACAUAAAGAUCCAAGAAAAAUCGUACGACAAAUGGAUAACUGCCUUUGAACAACGCGUUAGUGUUUUAUUGACACAAGCAACACCCAAUGAUGCACAAGAAACAAACACCGACAUGGAGAAGCAGAACAAGAAUUUACAGGGCAUGGUGUCCCACUACAAACAGAUUAUUGUUGACACUGAGGGAAUGCUGAAUAACCUUCAGAGCCAUGUGGAGUCUGAGGAGUCUAGGUGGCAGUCGGAGUUAAGACUUAAAGAAAAUGAGAUUGCCAAUCUCAGGGUAGAACUUAAAGAACUCCUGAGUAAGACUAACAUCAGUGACAAGCUCCAAGAGAAAAUAUCAAACUUGGAGACUCAUUUGGCUGCAGAGGAGGCCGCGAAGGAGGAAGCUAAGGCUGAAUUAAUUGCACUCAAGACAACACACACACCUGUCAAAGGUGGUGCUGUCAAUUUUGCCCACUUAGAACAACUCCAGGAGGAAAAACAAAGACUAGCCCAAGAACUUCAAGCUGAACGCAGCGAGUUGUCAGUUCUUCAUUCGGAAUUGAAGAAAUUACGAUCCGUCGUGGAUAAAAAUGAAGCUGAAAUCUCUAGACUGGAGAAAGUGGCCAGUGGUGCUAGCAGUACCCCAGACCAAUCAGCAAUGAAUGGGCCCCCAUCUACAGGCGCAUCGAAGCCUGAGUCCACUAAGAAAGCUACGUCAAAGAGGCGCAGAUUUGCAGGGUGGUUCAGGAAAAAAGUAACAUCUAGAACAAAACUACGCUAAUGAAGAAAUGUAUCUCGAGAGUUGGUAGAGAAUGCGAUAAAAAAAGACUAAUAUAAUAAUUGAAUAUUAUUGAAUAAUGUUUAUUAUAUAAAAAAUAUCAUAUUUUAUUAUGUGGAAAAAAAAGUAUAAAGGAAUAAAAAAGCAACAGACGCGAGUAGAUGGGACGCGAGGGAUUGGUAGACGGACAAAAGCAAUUGUAAAUGGAAGAAAAUUAAGCGAAAACCAAAAAAAAAAGGGGGGGGACAGAGAACAUCACCGAUUUUCCAAUCACCAUUUCUAGACUUUUUUUCGAAGAUUAUUAAUGAACAAGUAAACGCAAUGAAUUUAAUUAUUAAUUAGAGAUAAUUGAUCGAUUUUUUUUUUCACUAUUGUCAGUCGAGAAAAUGACAAAUUACCACGAUUAGUGAUGGGAAUAGUCGUUUGAAACCAAGAGAUUGAAUUCAAUUAUUACAAUUUUAAUUGCACCAAUGAUUAAAAUCAAAUUGGAUGUUGAUUAGUGAGGGGAAUAAUUAAAAUUAACGAUCAAGUCGUGUCAAGCAAUUCUCAUUGAAUUUUUUAAUGACUUGGAAUGAGGAGACGAGGAAAUUAAUUAAUUAUGGAAAGUAUAAUUGAUAUUCUUGCUCUCUGAUUCCAUUUCUCAACGCAAUUGCAGUUAUCGAUGAAGUAGUUCAGCAAUCGCACGUGCAAUAAUGAAAAUGUAACGAAGCGGACGAACAAAUGAAAUUGAUAUAAAAUAGUCCUGUUUAUGAAUGAAAUUAAUAACUGAUUGAUGAAAUUUGAUGGCUUUUGCGCGCAAAUAAAAAUUAAUUAAAAUCAUGUAAUCGAAAUAGAUUUCUGUUUUUUUUUUGCGAAAACGCUGAGAACAGUCCAGAGUAAUUAUUUAAUCAUUGACGGUUUUAUUAAUCAUAGAUAUAUUUUUCAUCGUAUUAAAAAAAAGUAUAUUUAAAAAACAGGGAAUCAUAUCAAAAAUUGCCAAGUAACAAAUGAUUAAUAAGAACUGAGGGAAAUGGGAAAUUUAUUUUGGGGUUGAGUGAGAUGAAAUCCUUUUUUUUUACACAUUCUCUCUCUCAUUUUGUGCAUUUUUUUGCAAUUGAAGAAUUUAAACUACGUUUAUUGCGUUCUUAAUACUCAUACAAAAACCAUUGAAAUCCUCGGAGAUUCAUUUGAUAUUGUCAUGUUACUGAAUCCCAAAGUUUUUAACAGCGUAAGAAUUGAAUUCACUGGAGAUGGGCUGAAGAAUAUGGAAAAAUUCUCGAGAAAUAUAACGUUAAUCUCGAAAUUAACCGAGAGAUUCCAUGAAAAUGGUAUUCAGGGUUUGGUGAAUGAAAAUAAAUGAGUGAGAUGUCUUCUUGCACUGAGAAUUUUCAACAAAUGCAUGGAAAAUUCAACGUGAACAUUUAUAAUGCCAAUUUUUUUAACAUUUACCAACACCACCAAACCCUGCUAAUGAAAUGAAAAUUUAAUGGAAAAAUGGAAUAACCAGCCUAAAUGGAGAAAUAAUAUAAUACAAGCUGAUCGCUAUUAUUAUGAUGAAAUAAACAUUUUUUCAUUCAAUACCGUACUUAUUUUAUAUACAUUUUAUAUACAUGCAGAAUUAAGGGAAAAAUAUUAACGAAAAAUAAUUAAUUGUAAUUCGAUUGGACAGUGAUGAUAAUUAUUGACAAAAUCAACAGACUCAAAAAUUUAAUAAUUUAUUGAGGUGAAAUUAAUUGCUAAGGCCGACACUUUAUUAUUUAAAAUCAACUGGAACAAUCAAUUAUUUCGUCCAAUCGAAGAGAUUAUCUUUUUAUUCCCAAUGAGAAGUGACGAGAAAAACCGAACAAAAGUGCAUUUUCACACUUCACCAAGACUCAAAACCAAUUAUAUGUUAUCUGUUGUUUAAUUCUCUGUUAAAAUCAUUAGAAAAUGAAGAGACAAGAAAUCCACACAGUGAUGUUGUUGAACUUUUAAAAGAAAAAUUAAAACCAUUGGGUCAGCCUUACUGAAUUUGAUGAUGAAACUAAAAAUUCUGGUAGUAUCUUAUUAUUACGACAGUUGCAAUACAUAGCAUUAAAUGAACAGAAGAAAAUACUAAUAAUAAAGUAUAUGUACCCUGCAAUAA